GGGCGGGGGGGGGCGCCGACGGGCCGGGGCGGCCGCGCGGAGCUGUCCAGCACCGAGGCGGGGCGCGCGCCCCCGGCCCGCCCCGCCGCCUCCCCCGCCCGGCCAGCGCCACUGCGGCUCGGCGGGCGCGUCACGUGGCUGGCGCGGCGCGGCCUCCGGGCUCGGAGCGGGCGAGGGGCCGGCCGCGAGGACCCACAGACCCACGGACGCACCAGCGACGGCACCCGGCCGCGUGGGCCGGGGGCGCCGGGGCCGGGUGGGCUGCGCGCCGCGGGGCAUGGGCGCGCCGGGGGCCCCCGGGCACAGGCCGGCGGCGGCGCGGCGCCGGGGGCGCGGGGGCAGCGGCGGGCGGGGGUCCUCCCUGGCGGCCGCCGCUGAGCCCCCGCGGGGCCCGUGACGCCGCGGCCGAUGUGGCCCCGCGCGCGCUGCGGGCCUGCACCGCCGCCUCACAAAGACGCUGCCGGAGCCGGAGCCGCCGCCCGCACCCGGCCGGCAGCCGCCGCGGGAGCCCGAGCCGGAGCCGGAGCCGCAGCCGCAGCCGGGGGGGCAGGAGGCGGCGCCCGCGGGCGGCCGGCCCCGGCAUGGAGAAGCGGACGACCGCGGGGCCGGAGGGGGCGCCGGGCGCCCGGGCACAGCUCGCCGUCGUCUGCCUGGUGAACAUCGUCCUCACUGGGCGGCUCAGCAGCGCAGUCCCUGCCUUAGCUGCCUGCAGCGGAAAGCUGGAACAGCACACGGAACGGCGCGGUGUCAUCUACAGCCCAGCCUGGCCCCUCAACUACCCGCCGGGCACCAACUGCAGCUGGUACAUCCAGGGUGACCGUGGGGAUAUGAUCACCAUCAGCUUCCGCAACUUUGACGUGGAGGAGUCCCACCAGUGCUCCCUGGACUGGCUCAUGCUGGGCCCAGCAGCCCCGCCCCGCCAGGAGGCCUUCCGGCUGUGUGGCUCUGCCAUCCCGCCUGCCUUCAUCUCUGCCCGGGACCACGUCUGGAUCUUCUUCCACUCUGACGCCUCCAGCUCCGGCCAGGCCCAGGGCUUCCGUCUCUCGUACAUCCGAGGGAAGCUGGGCCAGGCGUCCUGCCAGGCAGACGAGUUCCGCUGUGAUAACGGCAAGUGCCUGCCCGGGCCGUGGCAAUGCAACACUGUGGACGAGUGUGGCGACGGCUCUGACGAGGGCAACUGCUCGGCGCCUGCCUCUGAGCCACCCGGCAGCCUGUGCCCGGGGGGCACCUUCCCCUGCAGCGGGGCGCGCUCCACGCGCUGCCUGCCUGCCGAGCGGCGCUGCGAUGGCACGCAGGACUGCGGGGACGGCUCCGACGAGGCCGGCUGCCCCGACCUGGCGUGUGGCCGGCGGCUGGGCAGCUUCUACGGCUCCUUCGCCUCCCCGGACCUGUUUGGCGCAGCCCGUGGGCCCUCGGACCUUCACUGCACGUGGCUGGUGGACACGCAGGACCCGCGGCGCGUGCUGCUGCAGCUGGAGCUGCGGCUGGGCUACGACGACUACGUGCAGGUGUACGAGGGCCUGGGCGAGCGCGGGGACCGCCUGCUGCAGACGCUGUCCUACCGCAGCAACCACAGGCCUGUGAGCCUGGAGGCCGCCCAGGGCCGCCUCACCGUGGCCUACCACGCCCGCGCCCGCAGCGCCGGCCACGGCUUCAACGCCACCUAUCAGGUGAAGGGCUACUGCCUCCCGUGGGAGCAGCCGUGUGGGAGCAGCAGCGAGGGGGCCGCGGGGGACGCGGGCGAGCAGGGCUGCUUCUCGGAGCCGCAGCGCUGCGACGGCUGGUGGCACUGUGCCAGCGGCCGCGACGAGCAGGGCUGCCCCGCCUGCCCGCCCGACCAGUACCCCUGCGAGGGCGGCAGCGGCCUGUGCUACGCGCCCGCCGACCGCUGCAACAACCAGAAGAGCUGCCCCGACGGCGCCGACGAGAAGAACUGCUUCUCCUGCCAGCCCGGCACCUUCCACUGCGGCACCAACCUGUGCAUCUUCGAGACGUGGCGCUGUGACGGCCAGGAGGACUGCCAGGACGGCAGCGACGAGCACGGCUGUCUGGCGGCGGUGCCGCGGAAGGUCAUCACCGCCGCCCUCAUCGGCAGCCUGGUGUGCGGCCUGCUGCUGGUCAUCGCGCUGGGCUGCGCCUUCAAACUCUACUCGCUGCGCACGCAGGAGUACAGGGCCUUCGAGACCCAGAUGACGCGCCUGGAGGCUGAGUUUGUGCGGCGGGAGGCACCCCCGUCCUAUGGGCAGCUCAUCGCGCAGGGCCUCAUUCCGCCCGUGGAGGACUUUCCCGUCUACAGUGCGUCCCAGCCACGGCCCCACCCUCCAGGCCUCGGUGCUACAGAACCUUCGCACAGCCAUGCGGAGACAGAUGCGCAGGCACGCCUCCCGCCGAGGGCCCUCCCGCCGCCGCCUCGGCCGCCUCUGGAACCGGCUCUUUCACCGGCCGCGGGCACCAAGGGGACAGAUCCCACUGCUGACCGCUGCGCGCACCUCACAGACGGUGCUGGGGGACGGGCUCCUCCAGCCUGCACCGGGGACCACCCCAGAUCCCCCAGCACCCCUCACGGACACAGGCAGCCCUGUGGUGGCUGGGGAUGGGCCCCCCAGUGUCCCAGGCCAUGCAUCAGAGGCGGGAUCUGCUGUGCCGCCCCCCUCCGGCCUGCGGGACCCAGAGUGCAGGCUGGGGGACAAGGACAGAAAGGCCUGCAGGGACCCUUUGGUGGACAGCCUGGCCCCUGCUGAAGCGCCUCGGGAGCCCUGCUCGGCCCAGGACCCUCACCCCCUGGCUCCCACUGCCAGUAGCACCCUGGGCCCCCACCCACCAGAGCCAUUGGGUGUCUGCAGGAGUCCCCCACCACCCUGCU